AUGGUCAGUACGAGGAGUGGCACCGAGAGCAAGAAACGAGAAGAUGUGGGGGAAAAACAGGUGGAGCCCACAAUCGAAAUCGACCUAGAGACACCAGACCAGAGCGUAGAUGAAGUGGAGAAGAGGACAACGGAAUCCACACCGAUGCCCCACGUGGAAGACCAAAGUCCAAAAACCGUGGAGUUUUCACGAAUAGACGCAUUGGAAGACACAACAGGCAAUACCCGAGAGACUGUGAAAAACGACUCUCAAGUGAAAAAGACAUCCUUCACAGACAAGUUUGCAAUGAUGGUCGGACUCAAAUCGAAAGAAAACGGAAUAGUAGAGAUGCAAUCCUGGCCUCUCAAAGCAUAUCUGGAUGCAACGUUAGUUCCAGUUUUGAUGCAAGGCAUGCUAUUGGUUGCAAAAGAACGGCCUUCCCGGCCCAUUGAAUUUCUGGCUGCCUUCCUUUUCAAAAACAAGGACAAAUGCGAUCCUGUGGCUAUGAUGAGACUGCGUAACAGCCAGGCAGCCGUUUCUGAAGCUGCAGAGAAAGCGCAACCUGUUGACUAA